UCACGAGCAUAUACGAUACCUGGACCUUCUUUUUCUGCACCGACUGCGUACGUCUGGCUCAGCCUCCUCCUGAUUUGUGCCGCUGAUGUAUUUCUUUUCACAGGUGACUCCUAUAUGGUGCUGUCUGCGAGAAUCUUCGGAGUCAUCGCAGGUGUCAAAGUCAUGGCUGCACAACACAACCACCCUUAUACAAAGUGGAUCCCUUCCGGGAUUGUAUUCGCCAUUGGAUUUCUGAACACGCCUUCUUUUUCUUUGGCACGUUUGAUCGGCGGGAUCAUCGAA